AUGCCGACACGGACGCGUGAGGUCCCGGGAAGAUCAGAAGGAUCAAUAGCAGAUACCCAGGCGAGGUCGACGACGAAGUCCCAUGCGACAACCAUGGCCUCCAACGACUUCGCUCUCGCUCAGCAGCGCCUCGCAGCCCGGCGACAAGCACGAGAGACAGAAACCCAAGCCCGAAUAGUAGCGCAGCAACAAGCUUCGCAGGCUUCAGAACAACUGAACCGACUGCCAUACCCACUCGGCCGCCUCGGCCACGCAGGAAUCUCGGUUUGGGACAGUAUAAAUGGGCGGGAGGGAACGAGGCCGGCGUUCAGGGUGGGCCAGGUUGAUGCGGAGCUGCUGGACGAGGAAUUGCUGGAGCUGUUGAAGGGGCAAGUGGGGGAUGCAUUGAAGUACUUCGGAUCGCAUUUGCAAGAUGACUGGUCUGCGGAGAUAAUGCUCGCUCUGCGGGCGGUCCUGUUCAAAGUCACUGUUUGGGACCACGAUGCGACGUACGGAGCUGCGCUACAGAAUUUGAAGUUCACGGAUGCGAGGAACAAGAGUGCAGUCCUGGUCUCCCCAUCGAGGUGGCAGAAGUCUCUCUAUGGCCUCUUUACAGUGGGAGGCAAGUACGCUUGGACAAGAUGGGAGAACUGGCUCGUGGAUAAUGACAAUGGCUACGACCGGCCAAGUCCUGCCCUGCGCAGGUUAUCAAGAUUAUCGGAGUCUAUAUCAACAAUACACUCUACGGCGGCCUUUGCUUCUUUCCUGGUUUUCCUUGUGAAUGGGAGGUAUCGAACUCUGCUCGACAGAAUUCUGAGACUUCGUCUGGCUCCACCAACUAGCCAGGUCAGUCGAGAGGUAUCAUUCGAGUACUUGAAUCGACAGUUAGUCUGGCAUGCAUUUACAGAAUUCUUGCUGUUCGUCCUGCCUCUGGUGGGCAUCAGCAGAUGGAGAAGAUGGCUCGGGAGAGCUUGGCGGAAGACAAAGUCUGUUAUGCGCAGUGAUGGCGACGACGAUGUAGAGAUCAAGAGCGGAGAGUUUGCCUUCUUACCAGAACGAACCUGUGCAAUUUGCUACCAGGACCAGAACACAACAUCAACAUCUGAGGCUGAGGUGAUUGCUGCCUCUGGUGCAUCAGGGAUCAUAGGGUCCAUCCAAACAGACAUCACGAAUCCUUACGAGACGAUCCCUUGCGGAUGCAUAUACUGCUUCGUUUGCUUGGCUGGUCGACUGGAGGCAGAAGAUGGAGAAGGCUGGAUUUGUCUGCGAUGUGGAGAGGAAGUCAAGGAGUGCAAGCCCUGGAGCGGAGAUGUUAUCGAAGAAGUAAGCAAGCCUGCGAGCUCUUCGAAGACUGUGGGAUUUUCUGCACCGAGUGAGGUGACCAACUUUGAGCCACUCCCACAAGAUAACAGUGCCGAAACCCGAGAGCGUGAGGGCUCAUCCUCCGAGGUCUCGGACCUGGGUGAUUCGGAGGCCUUCGAUGAGGAAGAAGACGGAGUGAUUGACGACGAUGAAUGA